AGCAGGGCGAUCGUCUGGGUGUACUGAGCCUCGGUAGCUGGGCGACCCUCUCCAGGCGCCGGGCGGAGAAAGCCCACCCCACGCCAGAGCCCCAGAAACUGUCUGCGACCCGUACAGCGAUGGUGUUUUCCUGGCUGGAGAUGCGCUGGGCGCGGCCCUUGUACCUGGCCUUCGUGUUCUGCCUGGCCCUGGGGCUGCUGCAGGCUAUCAAGCUCUACCUGCGAAGGCAGCGGCUGCUGCGAGACCUGUGCCCUUUCCCCGCGCCCCCCACCCACUGGUUCUACGGGCACCAGAAGCUUCUUCAAGAUGGUAAAAUGGAGAAACUUGAGGAAAUUGUUGAAAAAUACCCUUGUGCCUUUCCUUGUUGGGUUGGGCCCUUUCAGGCAUUUUUCUACAUCUACGACCCAGACUAUGCAAAAGCAUUUCUGAACAGAACAGAUCCCAAGUCCAAGUACCUGUACAAGUUCUUGAUUCCGUGUCUUGGAAAAGGACUAGUGAGUCUAGAUGGACCCAAGUGGUUCCAGCACCGUCGCCUACUAACUCCUGGGUUCAAUUUUAACAUCUUGAAAUCAUAUGUUGAGGUGAUGGCCCAUUCUGUGAACACAAUGCUGGGAAAAUGGGAGAAGAUUUGUGGUCCCCAGGACACAAUUGUGGAGGUCUCUGAGCACAUCAGCUUGAUGACCCUGGACACACUUAUGAAAUGUGCUUUCAGCCAGGAGACCAACUGCCAGAUAAGCAGCACCCAUGAUCUUUAUGUGAAAGCGACAUUUGAAGCCAGCAAAAUCAUCUUUCACCGCUUAUACAGUUUCUUGCAUCACAAUGACACAAUUUUCAAAUUCAGCCCUCAGGGCCACCGCUUACAGAAGAUGGUCAAAAUUCUACAUCAGUACACAGAAAAGAUAAUCCAGGAUAGAAAGAAAUUUCUCAAGGAUGAGAAGAAACAUGGUAACACUCAGAAGCAGAAGUGCCAGGAUUUUCUGGAUAUUAUCCUUUCUGCCCAGGCUGAAAAUGACAACAGCUUCUCAGAUAUUGACCUGCAGUCUGAGGUGAACACAUUCAUGGUGGCAGGGCAUGACACCACAGCAGGGGGAAUUUCCUGGCUCCUCUACCACCUGGCUCUGAACCUCGAGCAUCAGGAGAGAUGUCGGGAGGAGAUCAGGGGAAUUCUAGGGGAUGGGUCUUCUAUCACCUGGGACCAGCUGGGUGAGAUGUCAUACACCACAAUGUGCAUCAAGGAGUCACUCCGACUGGCCCCUCCAAUACCAUCCAUUUCCAGAGAGCUCAGCAAGCCCAUUACCUUCCCAGAUGGACGCUCCUUGCCUGCAGGAAUAACCGUGGUUCUCAGUAUUUGGGGCCUUCACCAUAACUCCGCCAUCUGGGAAAACCCAAAGGUCUUUGACCCCUUGAGAUUCUCUCAGGAGAAUUCAGAUCAGAGACACUCCUACUCCUUCUUACCAUUCUCAGCUGGACCAAGGAACUGUAUUGGGCAGCAUUUUGCCAUGAUUCAGUUAAAGGUGGCCAUUGCCUUGAUCCUGCUUAACUUCAAGGUAUCUCUAGAUCCUACCAGACCUCUUGUCUUCAUGCCCCAGAUUGUCCUCAAGCCCAAGAAUGGGCUCUACUUGCACCUGAAGAAACUCCCCUAAUGUUACAGCCCAGGGUACAAUGAUACCUGUAUCGCUUAGAUCUGUUUCUGUAUGAUUUGAGAGAUUUUCCGAUCAUUACUGUUUGAUGCUGGCUUCUACUAAUGCUAUAUACCAAGAAUUUUGCUAGGUGACUUCCAUAUGUUUUCUGCUCUUUUUUAAAAACAGGUUUUGGAAUUUCACAAGUAAUAAGUGAAUAUAUGCUCACAGUAAAAGAUUUCCAACACUAGAAAAGCAUGUAGAGUAAAAAGUAAAAAUCCCACUUCACAUAUGCUACACGUCUCUGCCCUGACCCAUCCUACCUGUCUUUCUAAAAUCAGAAUAGUUUGGUGUGUAUUCUUUCAGAGUUUUUCCUAUACGUUUCAUAUAUGUAUGUAUACAUUUUAUACAUAUGUAUGUAUGUAUACUUAUAGAUGGGAUCAUAUCCAUAUUAUUCUUGCUUUUUGCACUUAAUAAAAAUUAUAUCUUAUUCCUAAUCAAUGGAUUCAUAAUAUUCUAUGAUAUGGAUGUACUAUAAUUUAAUUUCAAUUGUACAAUAGUACAAUAGUACAAUUUAUUAUUGACCAUGUGUGCAUAUCUUUGUUUUAUUGUCUGUGAUUCAUAUAUCAUCUAUGCUUAUUUUCCAAUGGAGUUGUCUUUUUCUUACUGAUUUGUAUGAGCUCUUUAAUAUGUGGACAAUAGUCCUUGAUUAUAACUUUUCUUUAUAAUUCUCCCCAUUCUUUUACUUUUAUGAAACUGAACUUAUGGGGUCUUUUACCAUA